AUGUCGUCAACUGCAACUACAGUAAAUCCAACUACAAUUGGCCUGGAGCUGGAAUUCCUGGUUGUCAACAAACCAGGGACACCCACUAAUGAAGCAGCCUCGUCCGAAGACGAUCGCUGGCCACCUGUGCCGAAUCCCAAAGCAGAUUCUGAUCAUUGCGACUCGGAAAGCGUGUUGAAGAUUUGCAAGCUUCUAAAAGAUCAAGGUCGCCAGGUCGCAUGCAUACUCGACAUUACAGAGUCCCAGGAUCCAUUGAUAACAACUCAAGACAGCAGCAUUCUUCUGCGCGAAAGCAAGACAGAUGACGGCCAGUUUCAAAUCCAUCGCCUCUCUAUCGCUAAUGAUACCGACAUUGGAAAGCAUAGUGAAAAAACAGACUACCGAGUUUGGAAUAUAAAACUUGACGAAAGCCCUAAGAAGCUACCGUUGCGUUUCGCCAUUUCGAAUUUCGAGGUGGAGCGUGCCAUUGAAACUACGCUAGGGUACCCUAUCCUGGAAGUGAUAUCACCGAUCAUCUCCGAACCGACACAAGAAAAGGACUUUUUGGAUUUGGUGGAGACACUGAGAAAAAACUUCAAAAUAUCAAUCAACACCAAUUGCGGCUUGCACAUCCACGUCGGUUAUCACUCGAAUCUGCCGCAGGAUUCCAAGGAUUCCGAGGGUCCCGAGGGUCCCGAGGGUUCCAAGACUCCCGAGUAUUUAAUCAGAGCUAAAAAAGUAGCUGCGAUAGUAUUCUUGCUCGAAAAGACUUUGAUCCGUGAGCUUUGUCAUCCAGAUCGACGAUCGGCGGCGCACCUGAGGUUUAUUGGUGAUAAGUCGGCAUUAGCCUCACAGGCCAAAACCGAUUCGCGUUGCUUAGUUCGCCAUCCGAAAUUCAAGAAUUUGAUAGAAUCUAUCGAUCGAUUUCGACACCAGUUAAAGAACAAAUGCCCCGAGGAAGCCUACGUGUUUAGAUUCUUGGAAUUUCUAUUUUCAGCUCCAGUGGACGCAGCCAAAGAAGUUGACGAUUUUGUACUGGAUCUGCUAGACGGAAUAAUGGCGAGAACCAGUCUUGCAUUUCGCAAGGAUAUCGAAACUAUAGAGUUUCGACACUUCGAGUGUACUUUCGACACCAACAUGAUCAAAUUCUGGAUUGAGUUUGUGCGGCAGAUAUUGUCUAUUUGCAGCAAAUCAGAACUAGAAUUUGAGGCCGAUUUCAAAGAUUUGUACGAAAUGGCGACCAGGCAAGAGCAAAAGCCGGGCUGGGAGGAUUGGUUGGAAAAGCUUGGUCUUUCUCAAUACAAGGAAACCUGUGCUAGCUACAUUGAAAGGUGCAAGGAGUUGCCUCUUGAUGAGUCUGUCAUACUGCCCGAGUCCUUUGAUUUGUAA